AUGGCAAUAAAUUUCGUUGUCAUGUUUGGGUUGCUAGGUAACGUUAUGUCGGGAUUAGUCUACGUCUCUCCUGCAAAUGUGUUCGUGCGAAUUCUGAGGCGUAGAUCAACUGAGGAAUUUGAGAGUGUUCCUUAUGUUAGCAAGUUAUUGAACGCCUAUUUCUGGGUUUACUACGGACUUAUUAAGCCAAAUAGCGUGCUGGUGGCCACGGUCAAUAUUUUUGGUGCAGUUGUGGAGAUCGUUUUUCUUACCAUAUUUCUACUUUUUGCACCACCAAGAAUGAAGGCCAGGACUGCCAUGCUUGUUGUAGCUCUUAAUAUAGCCUUUCCAGCAGCAGCAAUUUUGCUUACUCAGUUUCUGCUACAUGGAGAUCAGCGGAUUGACGCAGCAGGACUUUUGUGUUCCGUCUUCAGCAUGAUUGCAUAUGCUUCCCCUCUUUCAGCCAUGAAAACUGUGGUGGCACUAAAGAGUGUGGAAUACAUGCCUUUUCUUCUCUCAUUCAUCCUUUUCCUCAAUGGAGGGAUUUGGACACUCUAUGCCAUUCUUGCAAAAGACUUGUUUGUUGGAAUUCCAAAUGGGACUGGAUUUUUAUUUGGUACUGCUCAGCUGAUUCUCUAUGCAAUAUACUGGAAACCAUCUAAGCCGCCCAAGCAAGUAUCUGAUGAUUUGGAGGAUCAACAACACAUCAGAGAAGCACUCAUCCCAGCUUCAAAACCCAUCAUUGCAGAGUGA